GUAGAUGUCGCUACCGGCAUAACACGUGACAUUGGCGAUUUUUGGACGCUUGAUCAGGACAAUGGAUUUGAAAAGGAAAGCCGACGAUUCCAGCGCAUUAAUCGCUGUUAAGAAAACUAGAACUGACUUAGUUGUUUCUGGAAAUGAUCGGAAGGCUCUUAUCGAAGGCAAACCUAAAGCACCGGCUAGAACCUCCAACCUCCAAUCGCCUAUUAUGCUCUUAACUGGCCAUACUGGAGAAGUUUUUUGUUCUAAAAUAUCACCUGAUGGUGAUAUUAUUGCUUCUGCUGGAUACGAUCGGGCUAUCUAUCUGUGGGAAGUCUACGGGGAUUGUGAUAACCUGGCUGUGAUUCGGGGCCACACUGGACCCAUUAUAGAUUUACAAUUUUCUCCCGAUGGCGAAUAUUUGCAUACUUGCUCGACAGAUAAGAUGGUUUGUACUUGGGAUAUAGAAACUUGUACACGAAUAAAGAAAUUGAAAGGUCAUACGACAUAUGUUAAUUCGGUUUGCCCGGCUAGGAGAGGACCUCAAAUUAUUGUUUCGGGUUCUGAUGAUGGAACUGUUAAAGUUUGGGACGUUAGAAGAAAAGCUGCAGUUCACACUUUACAAUCUGGAUAUCAAGUAUUGUCAGUCGCUUUCUCUGAUACCUCUGAACUUGUUUAUUCAGGAGGAAUAGAUAAUGAUAUCAAGGUUUGGGAUUUACGUAAAGCUUCUAGCAACCCUCAGACUGCUCUGCAGCAACGUUUGAGCGGUCAUGUUGACUCAGUGACUGGUCUCUGCGUCAGUCCGGAUGGUUCUUAUCUUUUAUCCAAUUCUAUGGAUCAAACAAUUAAAGUAUGGGACAUUAGACCAUAUGCUCCAACCGACAGGUGUAUUAAAGUUUUCACUGGCCAUCAACAUACUUACGAAAAAAAUUUAUUGCGUUGCUGUUGGUCAUAUGAUGGGCAUAAAGUUAGCGCUGGAUCGGGUGAUCGCUUUCUGCAUAUUUGGGACGUAAACUCUAGGAAACUUCUUUACAAACUGCCCGGACAUACAGGAAGCGUCAAUGACACUCACUUUCAUCCAACAGAGCCGAUCAUCGUGAGCGGAUCAAGUGAUAAAACCCUCUAUUUAGGAGAGAUAGAACAGCCCCGUAUGUAA